AUGUCGACCCCUGACAUAGACACAUUUAAAGCUAUUAAUAUUGCGUUCUUUUGCCCCACCAAAUAUUUGGUUGUGUCCCAAGAGGCGAAGCAGCAACUGUCUUCUACACGAACUCCGGAUAGGUGUAAUCGCACCAAGCUUGCGCGCCCACCUUACAUUUUUGAGAUAGCAAUAAAUGCUGCAUUAGAUGCGAAUUUCAAGUUUCUGAUACCGAGGGUCGGUUAG